UAACAACUACCGAUAGAAACCCAUCAGUUUAGUGAUUAACGACAAUUGACUAUGAGGUAUUUUUCAUGGAAAACCUUAAUCACCAGGAUAUUUUUUAUAAUCAUCACAAUUUCUGGAUACAAUGGAGUAAAAAUAACAAAAUUAAAAUUACCCGUAGCAAUACACAACGGAACGGGACCAGUAGAAUUACUAUGUGUUUAUCAAAUAGGAAAACAAGAAAAUGGUCUAGUUGUAAAAUGGUUCCAUGAUUUGCAUCAAAUUUAUCAGUGGAUCCCACCAAUGCCACCCGAAGACAAAGGUAUACUUUCCGGUCUAACUGAAUAUUUACCAGAAAAUAUUAAUAGACCAUAUUCACGUUCAAUUAUCCGAUUGAAAAAAGUAAAUCUUGCUAUGACUGGUGUCUAUACUUGCAGUGUCAGUACUAUUCUCGAAGAUAGUACGGAAUCGAAAAAAAUGACAGUUUACGUUCCCGAUCAUAAGUUGAGUAUUUAUGCUGUUUAUUACAACAACACUCAUAUAAAUUUAACAUGUAUUGCGAAAGGUGCUCGUCCUAGUCCUAGUUUGACUAUUAUAGUUGACGGUAAGCAAUUAGACAAUCGGAGUAUUCGUAUAGAGAAUUAUCGAAAGUACCCAUGGAUAAAACAAGAAGCCAUAGUUUCAAAUUAUUCAAAUCCGUCAAUUAUUCAAUGCGAAAUAACAAUACCUGGAACGGGAUAUAGAAAACGGGAAAAAUUAAUUUAUUAUUAUAAUAAAGGAUUCGAAAAAAAUUCUGUGGCUCAAGAUUCUUCGUCAUUGAUAACACCAAUAAUUAACGUACUGACUUUAAUUACAUUUUUUAAUAGUUAAUAGAUAAAAAUAGUUAUUUAAAAUAAAGAAAGCGGAUAAAUAAAUGUAUUUAUAAUUUUAAUUAAUUCACUGUAGUAAUAAAUAAAAAAUAUAUGGACAGAAAUAAAACAUGUGAUU